CCACCACUCAACUCCCCACUCUACACUCACUCUCUCUCUCUCUCUCUCUCUCUCUCACGCACACACACUCUCCCUGCACAUCCUAACUGCACACACAGACACACACAUACACACUCUCUCUUUCUCUCUCUCUCUCUCUCUUUCUGUACAAUAAGGUUACGAGCUAGCCAAGCCAGAAGGUGAAUUAAUCCCUGACAAGAAAAAAUGGGUACCCGAAUUCAGUCGCAUCAACUGAGUAAUGGCUUGUUGGUAUCGGGGCGACCCGAGCAGCUGAAGGAGAGGCCGCCGACAAUGGGGUCAAGGGCAGUGCCGUACACCGGCGGUGACGUUAAGAAAUCCGGGGAGCUGGGGAAGAUGUUCGACAUCCCAGUUCUUGAUCACUCCUCGUCCACCGGUCUUCCUUUACCCCCUCACAGGCAGCCCUCUCGCACCUCCUCCGCUUCAUCAUCACAACCCAACAGCGGAUCCGUCCGAUCCGGGCCGAACUCCGGCCCUAUGAAGAAGUCCUCCGGCCCGAUUCCGCAGCUUCAGCCUACUGGCCUCAUCAUCUCCGGCCCACUCGGUUCGUCCGGCCCGAUGGGUCCCGGUUCUAGGAGGUCGGGUCAGCUGGACCAUGUCGCUGGUUCCGGGUCGGGUAAGGCUACAUACGGGUCCGCCGUGACCAGCCUUGGAGAUGAGGUGAGGGUUGGGUUCAGGAUCUCGAAGGCAGUGGUGUGGGUGGUGAUGGUGGUGGUGACGAUGGCACUUCUUGUUGGUGCGUUCCUGAUGGUGGCUGUGAAGAAGGUGGUGGUUCUGGUGGUGGUAGCGGGGAUUGUGGGACCGGCCGCCAUGGGACUCGUCUGGAACUGCGUCUGGGGCAGGAGAGGGUUGUUAGGGUUCGUGAGUAGGUACCCAGAUGCCGAGCUUAGAGGCGCCAUUGAUGGACAGUUCGUUAAAGUAACUGGGGUUGUAACAUGUGGGAGUAUUCCAUUAGAGUCAUCUUACCAGAGGGUGCCUAGAUGUGUAUAUGUAUCGACUGAAUUGUAUGAAUAUAGAGGAUGUGGUGGUAAGACUGCAAAUCUGAAACACCGAUGCUUCUCGUGGGGAUUAAGGCAUUCCGAGAAAUACGUGGCUGAUUUUUACAUAUCAGACUUCCAAUCUGGGUUGCGAGCAUUGGUGAAAGCAGGCUAUGGAGCCAAGGUUUCGCCAUUUGUCAAACCCGCUACUGUUGUUGAUGUCACAAAGGAAAAACGAGACUUGUCUCCGAGCUUUUUACGCUGGCUUGCUGAGCGCAACCUCUCUGGUGAUGAUCGUGUAAUGCGUCUCAAAGAAGGUUAUAUCAAGGAAGGGAGCACCGUAAGCGUGAUGGGAAUUGUACGACGCCAUGAUAAUGUGCUCAUGAUUGUUUCACCUUCUGAACCUGUCUCAACGGGCUGUCAAUGGACGCGUUGCCUCCUCCCAACCUAUGUCGAAGGCCUGAUCUUGACGUGCGAUGACAAUCAAAAUGCAGAUGUUAUUCCAGUGUAGAUAACAUAUUUCCUCUGUAUUUUUUCGUUUGCAAAUGAAUAUAACUAGUAAAUACUGGAGGAGAUAGUAAAGGACAAAAGAGAGAGGAAGCCAAUGCUACCUCGGGUUUUCUCCUUUCAAGGUCUCGAGAUGCUGUGCAGCUCGAAGAUGCAGAGCAGGAAAGCCUGGAGAGGUAAGAAUAGUGGUAUGGUUAUUUACCAUAAUCUACUGAAGAAAUUAUUAGGCUAUGGGGAAUUCUAAAAAAGGGUUACCCCCUUGCAAGCUGGAGAAAUGUUAUAUUAAGAUUCUGCUCAAUUUGGUUUUUGGGUAUGUACAUAUGCUGCAGAGGAAACCCUAAGGGGUUCAUAGUUGGUUGUUUUGGAUGUAAAUGAAUUAUCAGUAAUCAGUAUUUAUCAACUCUACGUUUGGCUUA